AUGGUGCAAGUUAACGCGACUGCGGGAGUUUUAGACGACGAUACGGACGUGCUGUACCCUGACACGUUCGUCACCGUGCUGUCCAUAGUCCUUAUAAUUGAACUCUUGGUUGGUGUGACGCUAAACGUAUUAGUGCUUGUGGUGUAUCAUUUACCGCACAAAUCUGUCAACACAGUUAGCGAUCUGUUUAUUACAAACAUGAAUUUUGUUGAUGUGCUGAUAUGCACGAUAUCGAUCACAAUGAGCGUCACGUUGCUAUUGACAACGUACAAUGUGCCUCUCUUUUGUUAUUUCCACGAGGCCACCGUGUCGUUUGCCAGCACCGCGUCAGCUGUGAACGUUCUAAUCAUAUCGCUGGAUCGCAGAGAUCGGAUUCUCCGACCGCUGAACCGAAGAUUCACGAACAGAAACGCCAUAUGGAUCAUACUGUUUACAUGGCUCAUCGCGAUCGGCGGAUUCUGCAGCCCGUUCUUCGGAAUCAACGUCGCCGAUUUUCGACAUGCAUCGGAAAUAAGUGGCCAUACGCGUAGAAAAUGCUACUACUGGUUCAACACAUCGCGUCGUAACUAUUAUUACGAGCUUUAUCAUGUGCCAAUAUUCCUGCUAGCGUCAUUAGUGAUGAUAUUCGCGUAUUACAGUAUUAUCAAAGUCGCACGUAAGGGGCGCACUAUACAGAACGCUUUUCUGCAGGCAACUCUCACGAUGCAGUCAGCAGUCACUGCGAAAGUAGGAAAAGUUAAUAACCACAGAGAUCCUGAGAAACGCGUUUCCAUGACAACGACAAUCAUCAUUACAACAUUCAUAAUUUGCUGGGGCCCCCACACGUUUACAAGUAUCGUUAUUCUGUGUACGGAGCCUAGCCCCUUUUUUGAAAUAUUGCAACUGUGUUUGUUGUCGCUAGGAUACACGACGACAUUGAUGCACCCUAUUCUAUACGUGUUCAUGAGACGGAAUUUCCGAGCUGCAAUCAAAACAGCGUGCUGUGGUAAACACUGCCACAGAUCCCGUGUUGUGCCCCACGCUGUUCCCAAUCGGAAUCCAACUUCCUCUAGACCGGAGUUCCCGGAACUAGUUGAAAACGAUUCUCUCAAACCCGGAGGACGCACUGAAGAGACAAUUCCAGUACACAAGGAAGUCCGGGGUGAAUGA